AUGAGCAGAGGAAGCGUCUCUCUCUCUCUUUGCCCCACUCCAGAGUUCUACCCCAAGCCCACCAUUUCCCUCAGCCCCAGUGGGGAGCUGGCGCCAGGGUCGGACGUCUCUUUCUACUGCCACGGCUCGCGGUCGCGCGUGCGCUUCCGGCUGUACCGGGCGGGGGUGGCACUGAGGCACACGGAGCCAGCCAGCUCUACGGCCGAAUUCCGCAUCGCCAACAUCCGGCGGGAGGACGGGGGCAGCUACACCUGCCUCUACGAGAGCCUGACGGAGCCGCCCAGCGUGUCCCCCCACAGCGACCCCAUAGAGCUGGUGGUAGCAGCAAAGUUCUACCCCAAGCCCACCAUCUCCCUCAGCCCCAGCGGGGAGCUGGCGCCAGGGUCGGACGUCUCUUUCUACUGCCACGGCUCGCGGUCGCGCGUGCGCUUCCGGCUGUACCGGGCGGGGGUGGCGCUGAGGCACACGGAGCCAGCCAGCUCACGCCCGGCUGGAGGACAGGGGAAGCUACACCUGCCUCUACGAGAGCCUGACGGAGCCGCCCAGCGUGUCCCCCCACAGCGACCCCAUAGAGCUGGUGGUAGCAGGUGA